UACAACGCAACAGAGAACCGCCGCCGCCACUCGACAGCAUUCGGUCUCCGGUGUGCGUGCACGUUCGGUCACAAAUAAAAUACACACACGAUCGUGUCGACGAAAAUCUAAACUCACGAUAUCAUAUCAUAUUAUUAUUGUUAUAUUUAAAUAAGACUUACGUGUACUGAGUGUGUGUCCUUUUUAUUAUAAUAUAAUUUAGUGAAGGUAAAUAAUAGUAUAUUAUUAUUCAUUACGCACAAGUCUUCGACGUCCCCCGCGCGCCCUUCCACCGGAUCGUAAAUCGGGAUUCCGGAUAUACGUACAUAUUUCGAAAGUUCGGUUCGGUCUCUACAAUUUUAUCCGUCGCGUGUGCGUGUCAACCCCCCCGUCGGAUUCGAUAGAAACACAAACAUUUCGUAUCCUUGAGUGCGCCUCCCGAACGACCGGAAUCAAAUAACGGAUAUGAAACGGGCUGAACGGUAAUGGGGAAUGUCCGACAUCAAAUCGACGGUCUGUGAUACUCGACCGGAGGUGGAGGUGGUGGAGGAGGGGGGCCUCCAGAAACAACUACAAGACGUUUGCAAAAGCAUUAAAGUCACUAACAUGAGAGCAGCCACACCGUACCUAUGUGCGCUGUACGUGGCCACGGCCGGCCACCAAGGAAACCUUCUUGGAUCUGACGAACAGGAGAUCGUCCUGCUCAUUUACGUAGUCGUCGACAUGACAACCAACACCGUUGUAGGCAUCCAGCAAUAUUUGGUGAAGCCGACCGAAGUUGACCAAAACGAAAACAUGCUGUCUGAUCAAGUCACGUCAGACAUAGGCAUCACUGAGAAAAUGGUCAAGACUUCCGGUAUUCCCCUGCAGGAUGCUAUCGACAAGUUCGAUACCUACGUAAAGUCACUGAAUAUCGAACCUCAAGCACCUAUGUUUCGAAUAGUAACAGAUGGACAGCUUCCAAUCCGUCAGUGUUUGCACCGGGAAUCGUCCAUUAAAGACAUUGAACUGCCCGAAUACUACAACGUAUUUCACGACCUACGGAAAGACUUUUCCAAAUUCUACAAUGCACCUCAAGACCAAACUUUUAACUCAAUUACAGAUCUGGUUAAUUAUCUAGAAAUAACUCAUGAAAUCGAUUCUCAGUUCUACGUAGCCGAGGUCAAGGAUAUGGUAAACAUUGUCCAAAGACUCAUAGCGGAUGGCCAUACGUUCAAUUCGCCGGAAAUCGUUCAGCUAAAACUCGAACCGGGUAUUUGUUGGAAAAAUGAAGAAGUAGAUAACAAUUGUGUAGUCAGAGCAAGAGGUCUUCCGUGGCAAUCAUCUGAUCAAGACAUAGCCAAGUUCUUUCGUGGUCUUAAUAUAGCCAAAGGUGGUGUAGCAUUGUGUUUAAGUGCGCAUGGUCGUCGUAACGGUGAAGCAGUUGUACGUUUUGUGAACCAAGAGCACAGAGACAUGGCUAUGAAAAGACAUAAGCACCAUAUUGGUAGCCGUUAUAUUGAAGUAUAUAAAGCUAAUGGUGAAGACUUCAUAAAUGUUGCUGGGGGUAAUAGUAGUGAAGCCCAAACGUUCCUCACUAAGGGUGCCCAAGUAAUUGUGCGCAUGAGGGGUUUACCUUAUGAUUGUACAGCUAAAGAUGUCAUUACUUUCUUUGAAAAUGGUGAGCAAACUUGUUCCGUAAUGGAUGGAGAAGAUGGUGUUUUAUUUGUUAAAAAACCUGAUGGACGUGCAACGGGUGAUGCAUUUGUUCUAUUUGCUGAUGAAGAUGAUGCUCCUAAAGCACUUAGUAAGCACAGAGACCUAAUAGGCACAAGGUACAUUGAACUAUUUAGGAGUACAACAGCUGAAGUACAACAGGUUUUGAAUCGUGCAAUGGAUCCAUCUGUGCGAUCAACAGCUAGUGAUAGCAAUGGCAACAUUACCACCCCAGUAACAACAACAGCGGGUGUGAAUAAUUCGCCUACUGCACUUCUUGGGCAUGUACCGCUUCUGCCAUUGCCUCAGCACGUCAUCACUAGUGGCACACGAAAAGACUGUAUACGCUUACGUGGACUUCCAUAUGAAGCAAAUGUAGAACAUAUACUUGAGUUCCUUGGAGAACAUUCCAAAAAUAUUGUAUUCCAAGGUGUACAUAUGGUUUACAACUCUGUGGGUCAUGCAUCUGGUGAAGCAUUCAUUCAAAUGAACAACGAGGGCAGUGCUGCUCAGGCAGCAAUGGCUAAACACCACAAUUAUAUGUCUUUUGGCAAAAAACAACGGUACAUCGAAGUGUUCCAGUGUUCUGGUGAAGAUAUGCAUCUGGUGUUGACUGGCGGAGGUGCUGCGUCAGGAGCUUUAUCCCCAGUAGCCGCCAAAGCGCUAUUAUCACCACCUGGCGGACCGCUGAUGACUUCUCCGCCGUUCCCGCCACCGACUUCCAACUACUCGCCGUUCUCCGGGCCACCGCCGCUGAUAGGCCACCAGCCGCCGCCGUCGCUGGGCGCGCCGUACCCGCCGCCGAUCCUCUACUGGCCGUACCCGUCGCCACCCAUAUCGCCGCCGCACCAACAGCCCGCGCUACUCAUCAUGCAGGGCACGCCGCCGCCGAUGCAGCCCCCGCCGCCCGUGGACAUGUGCAAUCUCAUACACUCCGUGUCCGAGUGGAACAUCGAUUACAUGCAACAGAAUCCUCAGUUUUGCACAAUGAACGUAGGUCCGAUGGGCAUGCACUCGGCUGCGGCUUGACGCGACGCGAAACAGCGGUCGGCGGCAGCCAACGACGUGCAAUCGUCACAACAACAACGUUGUUGCCGUCGAUGACCGGUCUAAUUAUACAAAGCCACAACAAUGACCGUACUAUAUUGUGCAAAGUACAAACGGCCGCGUACUUAACGUGUUUAUAAUAUAUAAAUAGUAAUGUUUGUAUUUAUUUAUUUAUAAUAUUAUGUUAUAUAUAUAUAUAGAGCGAGAGAUAUUUCUAUUAGAUUUAAGACUGUAUAUAAUAUAUAUAUAUUUAGACGGAAAAAAAUAGUAUACAUAAUAAUAUUAAUAUAGUUGAGAUAACUCGAACUUAUGAAGCCAACAAAUAUCAUAUAGUCGUCUUCCACCGCGCGUAUUAAAGACGAAGUAAUAGUACUUGCCUAAUCCUCGUUAAUAAUAUAUUAUUGUUGGUCACGUGUACAUAACAAUACAAUAUAAUAAUAUAUAACAUAUUUAUUAUCAUAUUGAAAGUUUGUAAGUCGAAUUUCUGUGUUUUGUGUGAAUUAUUAACGUAUAUGUUUUCAAUGUGAUUUUUAUUAUUUUUACCAAUUUAGUAUUCUUUUUAUCAAUUUUACUCGUUUGUAUUCAAUAUUAAAUUCGUAAAAUAUGAAAUAUGCUUCCCGUUUUAUCUGCAAAUAGAUACGUCAUGGUGAAUUUUUCUUAAUACAUUUCGAUACAAUAAUCUGUAAGUACCUACUUACUUAUUUCUUAGAUUUUUAAUUUUUUCGAAUGGCAACCCAUAUUUCUUAUUUCAUAUUCUGAAAUAGAUUGUUUUCUGAAAAUUUUAGAAUAUGAAAUUCAAAAAUACUGGUCUAAAGUUUAAAAAAAUUAUGAAAAUAAUAUUUUUUCACUAACUUGUGGCGUUAUGUGAUAACUACCUAUACUCACUUUAAAUUACAUCAAUCGACUGCGAAAACCCGUGUAAUAUGAGUGUCUUAAUUUUAGAAAAUUCACUUUGUAUGACGAUAGUGUAUAUAAUAAAAUAUAUCAAGUGCUACACGUAACAAUUUAAGAAUGACUGGUGUGUGGACGUUAUUUGACGCACAUAAUACUACUCUAGCACAUUUGUUACAGUUAGAUUAUUUAAUAUAAUAUAUUAUUAUUUUUAUUAUUAUUAUUAUUAUUAUAAUACAAUAUAUCGAUGCGAUCGAAAUAUCGUAAUAACGGUUUAUAAAAAAAUUAUUCCGAACGUUAUACGUCUUCAUCGCGUUUUAUUCUUAAUCAUAAUAUAACAAGCAACGGUUUUUGAAAAUAUUUUUUUUUCGUUUUUAUGCCCUCGCAUUGUCAUUAGUCAAGUCCUAUAUAACGACCAAAUUUGUUUAUUAGUAUUAUUAAUAUUUUUUUUUCGUAGGAAUUAGUGAGAUUAAUUUAUUAUAUUUGUUUCAUUAAGUGCGGUUAUUGAAUGCGUAUAAAAGAAAUGCACACAUUUUAACUUAUAACGAUAAUGGCGGCGCUAAUAAGCCGCCAAAGUUAUCAUAUACCUUGGUACCAGCUAUAGUAAUAAUAUUAUGUUAGUUUAUGAAUCUAUUUUUGUUUAAAAUUUUAACAUUCGGUUGUACGAUCUCUAGUAUUCUUUAUGCUCGACAAAACAUAACGAAAACAAUAUUUAUAUAGUAUUGUAAUAUGAUAUAUAUUUUUUUUUAACAUUAUAAUGUUUUGUGCAAUUUAAUUUAAUUUUGUUUAUUUCCAAGUAGAUCUCAAAAAAGUAGAUGUUUUGACAAUUUUUUAAUUAAAUUAAUCUCGAAUGUAUAUUUUAUACUUUGGUCCUCCUCCGGAUGAACGAAUUUUCAACACACACGAUAAUACAUUCUACCCGGCCAACGAACGGCCAUCCGUCUUAAUUUAAACAAUUAUUACGAUUGCUUUCUAUGUAUAGUAGUUUCGUAUUUUAGUAUUUUUCGCGUAUACUUAGGUGCGUUUAUUGAAAUACAUUACUACCUACCUCCCCCUACCGUCACGGCCGCACAAUAUUAUAGGUAUUAUAUAAAAUAUAAAAUAAUUAUGUACAUCGACAAUGUUCCAAAAAUGUGUAUACGGUUUUUUUUUUUUUUAAAUAAUUUUCGUAAUUCUAUUAUUGUUAUUAAUUAAUAUUAUUUUAUGAAGUGUGACAAAGUCUUCGCCCCAGACAGUAAUUUUAAAGCGAAGAAACAUAGUUAAACUCGACAAAGUGUCAGCUUUUAUAUAAUGUUAUUUAUAAUAUUAUAUACAAUAAUUAUAAGUAUCGUGUUUAUCUUCUAUAAUGUCUAUAUGUAAUCGUAACGUGUAUAUAAUAUAUACAUUUAUAUAUUAUGUAUAUAAUAGUAUACAUAGGUUUCAGACUUUCAGUUGACCGAAAUAAAUACGAAUAAUAAUAUACCGAACAUAAUAUAUACCACUCAAGUCGCAAUAAAUUAGUCAAAAAAGAGAGAUGGAUUACGCACGUAUAAAAUACCUACCUAUAUACUAUAUACCCUGCAUACCUACAUAUCGCUUAAUCUCGAUCAUAUAACGAUAAUUAUCUGCCUAUAACGUCGUUAUUGAAUUUUAAAAUGUUUUAUUCGUAACAUUUAUGGAUGUUUUUAUGUGCGAUUCAGGUACUUUGUUGAAACUCGGAAUAUUUUAUACUGCCUUAACCGGCGUAUUAUAAUAUAUUUAUUGUGAAUAUUAAAAAAAAAAAAAAACAUCCGAUUAUCGGUUAGAACCAUGUCAAUUAUACCGAAAAACAAUCACGAUGACUAAUGUUUUGUAUUCGCCAUUUGGCCUCAAUAAAUUCCGUUUGCCUAUCGAAGAAAUCAGCGAUUUCUCGUUGUAUAAUGUUUUGUAUAGGUAGUUUGAUAUUUUAAUAAUAUAAUAUAAUUUUGUCCGUUGAACAAUACAAUAUACGACGUCAAUAUAGUAAUAGUGUUUCUCAGCGCGUCCGUUUUUCCAGUUUAGUAUUGCGACUAUCGCGUAAACAUGUUACUAUAAUUUAGUAAUCGAAUUUUUUAUUAUUACUACCCUUAGCUCAUAUACUUAGUGUAUGAUCUGUAAGUUACUACAUAUUUUAUUUUGCUCGAUGUCUCUCUGGCUUUGAAAUAAUUCAAUGUCGUGCAUUAAUAUAUUAUAUAGAUAGGUACCUACAAAUAUUAUUAUAAUUAAAUUCUACUUUUGUUUCGUUCGAUUAGAUGUAUAAUAAUAUGGUUAAGAAUAUAUAGACCAAAAUAAUAAUUUAUGCUGCUAUCUGUGUUUUUGUAGUGCAAUAAUAUAAUAAUCGUUGAAUAUUAUAAUAUAUAUACCCGUGUUGUUAAUUAAUUAUACAUUAUUUCUAUUUUUACGUUAUAGUUGUAGUGUUUAAAAAUUAAAUUAUAUAUAAAUUAAAUGUGUGUGUGUGUGUGUGUGUAUGCGUGUGAAAACAAUGUUUAAUUAUUUUGUAACCUAGAAAUUGUGAUUCACUUCACAUAAUUUAAAGUCUACUUAUUAUCUGGUAUAGUGCGUAGUUUUUUUUUUAUGGUUGACCGUAGAUCAACCCCUUUGUAUUUAAGUCGUCUCCAGUCCCUUUUAGUCAAUUAUAAUAUUAUUAUUAUUAUAUACAUGAAAAUUAAGUGUACGUACAUAAUAUGUUUUUUAGUUAAUUAUUAUAGUUUCAAUUUUAUCAUUAUUAUUAUUAUUAUUAUUAUUAUUAAUACCUACCUAAUUGUACACCUAAUCGCCGUCUAGUACCAGUACUUGUAUGACAUUAUUAAUAUUAAAUUUUUGUUUUAAUUUAAAUACAAUAUAUUAUAUUAUUAUAGACCUUUGAAAAAUACAUUUCAUGUGCGUUUUA